AUGGUGGAUGAAAGCCACUAUCGGUUCAUCAAAUACAGUCAGAACGUGCCAAGACAGAUGGCAGGUGUGCACCUUGCGGCUCAUUUCGGCUUUCUGAAGGUGACGAUUGCUUUAGUCUGGAAAGGACAUCACCCAGAUCUAAAAAGCUCCCACGGACGAACACCCCUGUCAUUGGCUGCAGAGAACGGGCAUACGGCACUGGUGUGGCUGCUACUGACAAUGAAUCAAGUGGACCCAAAUUCCAAAGACAACAACGGACGAACAUCGCUGUCUUGGGCGGCAGUAAACGGACAUGAGGAUGUCAUGUUGUUACUCUUUACGAUUGACAAGGUCGACCCUGACUCUAGGGACAACCAUGGACGAACGCUGUUGUCAUGGGCGGCGGAGAAGGGCUAUGAGGCUGUGGCUUGGCUGCUGCUCCGGGAUGCCCGAGUGGAUCCAGAUUGA